GUGAGUGUAUGUACAUGUGUGACACACAAAGCAGACACACACAUUGCCAGUUUCCCUUGUAGAAGCAUCUCUAUGGUGUUCACUCACUCAGUAUCUCUGAGUUUGGCUGGAAGAGGAGCUCAACACUCCUUCAUAGACAGACACACAGACUGAUGCUUAAUCUCUUUCAUCAAUGUGUAUGGUCAUAUUCGCUCCGCUUUUUGCUGUUUUAGCAUUUGCAACAUGUGGGGGAUAUUCUGGCCAGAUAAUGGUUAAAGUAGAAUGUUUUGACAAAACCCAAAACAACAUCAGCAUCAGUUUCAACUACCCAUUCAGACUGCAAGAGGUACACUUCAGUGCUCUUCUAUGUGAAGGACCCAGGAAAGAGACUCUCUUUCUGGAAGGGGAUUAUGCUUCAUCUGCACAGUUCUUCGUCACUGUGUCGGUCCUGGCUUUUCUCUAUUCCCUUUUGGCCACAAUUGUUUACUUCUUCUACCAGAACAAAUACAGGGAAAAGAACAGAGGUCCCGUAGUUGAUUUCUUGGUGACUUUAGUGUUCUCUAGCCUGUGGCUGGUGAGCUCAAUUUCCUGGGCUAAAACUCUGUCUGGGGUGAAGACAGUCACUGAUGUGCAUCAAAUCCUGCUGUUACUGUCUGCUUGCAGAGCCCAGGAAAACUUAUGUGAGGUCUUGCAGGAGCCCAUCUGGACAAAUCUCAACAUGUCUGUGGCCUUUGGUUUUUUGAACUUCUUCCUUUGGGCUGGUAAUAUUUGGUUUGCCUACAAAGAGACAGGUUUGCAUAAGUCCAUUAAGCGCUAUCCCUCCAGAACUCCCUCUGAGAAACGCGGCAGCUUCAGGCAAUACAGUCAAACCAGUUUUGAUCAAUCCGGAGCUGGUUUUGGCCAGAGGCUCUACAACCAGGGGAGUUUUGACUUAUCAAGCGGAGGAUUCAGCCUACCCCAAACCAAUCUAGGACAGGCGAUACUGUACCAGCAGGUGGGGAGUCCCACAUCCAGAGGUCCUCUCAUUUUUGUUAAUGAGAUGUGAGAGAGAGUGUGAGUGUGGAGCAGAAAAAGAAAAGAGAAGAGAAACACUGUUGUUUUCUCAGUCAUAAGACAGAUAAUUUGUUGUUGUGAAUUUGAUAUUUCUAUCACGUGAUGUAGAAAUUGUAAAAUUUUUGUAGGUAUCAGUCUGCAUACUGUUAUUUAUUUGUUUACUGUAUAAUUAAGUGCCAUUAAACUGAAAGCUCUACCCUGAUAUAGUAUAUUUAGUAAAUAUAUACACACAUAUAUAUAUAGACAUAUACAUAUGAACAAAUCAAUUUACUUUGUCAGAUAUGGCUGUUGAUAAUUUGUGAUAUUUCUGAAGUAUUUAAAUGGAAUUUAGCAUAGUAUAUGCAUAGCAUUUAGCACAGUCUAAUAGUCUAUGCUUUGUGUUUAAAUAUUUCCUGCACAAAAAGUGCAAUGGCAGUACCAUGGUAAACACAUUGGAUGGCAAUACUAUGGUACUUUGAUAUUGCCUAUAUUUUAAAAUGCCAUUUAUUUUUUAGCUUUCCCAAGGUAUUUUAAAGAAUAACAUGGUAUCAUGAUAUCUUUGCAAGGUCUCACAUUAGUAGCAAGGUCUCAGACAAGAUAUGGUGUCCUUUUUGUUGUGUUUUCUAGUGUUUUUUGUAUAUAUUCUGCUAUGAAUAAUGAUAAAUUACCAGUAGAUGCCUAGGAAAAGCAAAUGGCUUGAGUCUGCCUUAAGACUGCCAUGGAACCCUGUGGGCAGAGAAUAAUGUCCAGUCGGAGAUCUUUUUAAUGAAUCAUUUUGUCUAACCAUACACAGUUUUCAGUGAAAUGCAUGCAAAAAGAUGAGAUAAAAUCCAACGCAAUAAAGUCUGUCUGUUGUUCCAGUUUAUUGUAGCAUUUAAAACUGUACAAAUGUUACUAUGUUAUACUGACUGCGUCAUAAAAUUAAGUAAUAAAUAUUCUUAUUCCUCUAAA